AUGAAUUUCUUAUUUAUCAAUUUAAACGGGGUGGCAGCGGCAAAUAAGGGUUAUUGGAUGCGGAAUUUGAAGAGAAAGCUGAAAGUGGAUGUCAUAGGUCUGCAGGAGACUCGCCAGAUGGGGUUGUCGGAUAUUGAUCUUCGUCGCUUCUGGGAUAGCUCGAGUAUGCAGUCGUGUGUGGUGGAUUCAGUGGGUAGAUCAGGGGGGCUCGCUCUGAUGUGGAAUCCGACUGUUUUUUCUGAUGCUUCGACUCUCAAGAAUCAGAGGUUUCUGUUGGUUUCUAGUAAAAUCAGAGGUAUUGAAGGCAGUCUUAACAUGAUAAAUCUUCAUGCCCCCAAUGAUGCCAGUCAAAGAAGACUGUUUUGGAAUAAAAUUGCUGAGUUAAUUAGUCAACGAAGUGGUUUGUGGAUUUUGUUCAGUGACUUUAAUGAUGUUCGGGAAGAGAAUGAACACGUUAACUCCAGAUUUGAUCGAGGUGCGAUAGAUGCGUUUAAUGAGUUUAUCAACACGGCUGGCCUUCUGGAAUAUCCGUUGACAGGGGGUAAGUUCACCUACGUUUUGGGUCAUGCUGAUGUUAAAAUGAGCAAACUAGAUAGAUUUUUAGUGAAUGAUGAGUUCCUAACCAGUGGCCGCUGGCUAAAGUGGAAGUCUAGGACAGAGGUGCCUCUGAUCAUUGUCUGA